AUGCCCGAUAUUAAAAUUACUCCACUUGGAGCUGGUCAAGAUGUUGGCCGGAGCUGCAUUUUAUUGUCGAUGGGUGGCAAAAAUAUAAUGUUAGACUGCGGCAUGCACAUGGGCUAUAACGAUGAAAGACGAUUCCCAGACUUCACGUAUAUUGUACCAGAGGGCCCAAUUACAAGUCAAAUUGACUGCGUAAUUAUUUCACAUUUCCAUCUCGAUCAUUGCGGUGCCCUACCAUAUAUGUCCGAAAUGAUAGGAUACACUGGACCUAUAUACAUGACACAUCCAACAAAAGCAAUAGCACCUAUUUUGUUAGAGGAUAUGAGAAAAGUUGUAGUAGAGAGGAAAGGUGAAUCAAACUUUUUUACUUCACAAAUGAUAAAGGAUUGCAUUAAAAAAGUGACUGCUGUAACACUACAUCAGUCAGUAAUGGUUGAUAAUGAACUGGAAAUCAAGGCAUAUUAUGCUGGUCAUGUUUUGGGGGCUGCAAUGUUUUGGAUCAGAGUAGGAUCACAGUCUGUAGUAUACACUGGAGAUUAUAAUAUGACUCCAGACAGGCAUCUGGGUGCAGCGUGGAUAGAUAAAUGUCGACCAGACCUUUUAAUAACAGAGUCAACAUAUGCAACAACUAUAAGAGAUUCUAAACGUUGCCGUGAACGAGAUUUUCUGAAGAAGGUACAUGAGUGUGUUGAAAAGGGUGGUAAGGUGUUAAUACCAGUUUUUGCAUUAGGGAGGGCACAAGAACUUUGUAUCUUGCUGGAAACUUACUGGGAGAGAAUGAAUUUAAAAUACCCAGUAUAUUUUGCAUUAGGCUUAACUGAAAAAGCCAAUAAUUACUAUAAGAUGUUCAUAACUUGGACCAAUCAGAAGAUUAGGAAGACAUUUGUUCAGAGAAACAUGUUUGAUUUCAAACAUAUUAAGCCCUUUGACAAAACAUACAUUGAAAAUCCGGGAGCAAUGGUUGUAUUUGCAACACCAGGAAUGUUGCAUGCUGGGUUAUCUUUAAACAUAUUCAAGAAAUGGGCACCUUAUGAACAGAAUAUGGUUAUUAUGCCAGGCUUCUGUGUUCAAGGCACUGUUGGUCACAAAAUCCUCAAUGGUGCAAAGAAGGUGGAAUUUGAAAAUAGGCAGGUUGUGGAAGUAAAAAUGGCAGUUGAGUACAUGUCAUUCUCGGCUCACGCUGAUGCCAAGGGUAUUAUGCAAUUAAUACAAUAUUGUGAGCCAAAAAAUGUGCUGCUUGUGCAUGGUGAAGCUCAAAAAAUGGAAUUUUUGAAGGACAAAAUUGAGAAAGAGUUUAAAAUUAAUUGUUACAUGCCUGCUAAUGGUGAGACAACCAUUAUAAACACUCCUACUAAAGUACCUGUUGAUGUAUCACUGAGACUCCUCAAGGCUGAAGCUGUUCGAUAUAAUGCUUUGCCACCUGAUCCAAAGAGACGUAGAGUGGUCAAUGGAAUGCUCUGUGUCAAGGAUAAUAGACUGUCGUUAUUAGACAUUGAUGAAGUUUGUGAUGAAAUUGGAAUAAAUAGACAUGUGAUACGCUUUACGAGUACAGUCAGAUUUGAUGACACUGGAUCUGCUGUGAAAACUGCAGAAAAACUUAAAGCUUUACUAGCUGAAAAACUUGAAGGUUGGACAAUAACUAUCUCUGAAGCCAACAUAUCUGUGGAGUCGGUACUAAUCAAGGUUGAGGGGGAAGACAACACCAAAAGCAUUUAUGUGUCAUGGACCAAUCAAGAUGAGGAUUUAGGGAGUUAUAUUCUGGGUUUGCUACAAUCUGUGGUACAAGGUUCUUAA